AUGCCGCGGACAAGUGGGUCACUAGAAUUAAGCGAUUUUACUCGAGGACGCAUUGUUGGCCAAUAUGAAGGUGGUAAAUCUCAGCGUGAAAUCAGUGCUGGAUUAAAUGUGCCGUUGUCUACCGUUAAUCGUGUCAUCGUGCAGUUCGAAAGGAAUAAGAAGACAAGUGUUUCCCCACGAUCAGGAAGACCUGGACCUUCUGACAGGCAAAAACGGGCGUUAGUUCGUGAAGUUUUAAGAAAUCCCGAAAAAUCUGUUAAUGAUGUGGCUGUAACCUCAAAUUUAUCACGAAGAACUGUUCAGAGGUAUUUCUGUCAUAAUUCAAGCGAAUAUUUCACAGGCAAACGACAUCAACAACAAUUAUCGUCGAAGUCUUCUCGCUCGCCGUCUCCGGAGUCUGUUGGGCCAGCGUCUCCUUCCAGCGGGGAAUCCUUUCGACCCAUACUGAGAACUCCGCCCCCCUCCCGCGUUGGUCCUCCCCCCUCCCCCCCGGUGCCAACGCAUCCUAUCGCACCAGUGACCCCUGAACCCUCGGCUCCACUACCUCUAAGUCCAUGCCCAGUAUGCGGCCGUACAUUCGUACCAGCAUCUCUGGCCAAACAUGUCAAAAUAUGCGAGAAGAUGACGGUAAAGAAGAGAAAGACCUUCGACUCCUCAAGACAGAGACGUGAAGGCACGGACUUAGAACAAUACUUGCCAAAGAAUUUCGGUCUUCCAGAAAACAGCCCCUUCUUGGAGAAGAGUCCUCCGAAUACUGCCAAAGCUGCACCGAAGCCUAAGACUGUUUCAGUGAGGAGUGCAAUCAUGAAGCCAACCGCGGAUCUACAAAAAUGUCCUCACUGUAACCGAGCGUUCGGUGUGCGUGCGUUCGAACGUCACGUUGAAUGGUGUGCUGACAAGGCGAAGAUCCUACCAGCUGCGCCCGCGCAGCCGCCGCCCCACAUCGCCGACGCGAAACAAAGACUCAACGCACGCACACAGUACAAAGCACCGCCGGUGCGAACGAGACGGUCAUCACAAUCGAGAGAUAAAUCCUCUAAUAGCAGAUCAGCAUCCGUAGAAAGUUCUCGAGGUAUUUCUCCUCCACGAGAGUAUGGCGACUAUAGACAUCAGCGUUCAAGAGCAUCAGAAUCUGCUUCCAGCAAUGACUGCCAUGAAGAUUCCUCUCCACAUAUUCCUAUCAUAAGGAACUCUAGAGCGUCGCAAAACAAUUCAUCAGGCGAUGCUAAUGUUAAAGCAAGACAAGCCAGACUCGCUAGAGACAUUAGCAGCUCUAGAAGUUCCCAAGAACCUCAUAUCACCUCCGCACAAGAAUCCAACACCCUUCCUAAGUUAGUUAAAGACGAACCAUGUAAACCAAAAAAUAGACUAAAUGUAAAAAAAAGGCAACAGCUUAAAAAGUUAGAAGAAAUUGCUAACAAAUACAAUGAACGAAAGCAAACAACAAAAAAUCUUGCAGUCAAUAAUCCCACAGUAUUAGAAUCAGUUAGCAAAAAUAUGAAGAAAGUAGAAAAACCCGAGAUUCCGGUCAAAAGCCAAAUCCCAGUGCCAAAGAAAAUUAAAAAGAAACUCCAAACAAAACAGGAUAAAGUUUUACCAAUUACAGAUAAAAAUAUGCAAGAUGAUGAAAUAAAAACAGACAUUUCUUUAAAAGAUUUAGAUACAAAUAAAGAUAUUAUUAAAGUUAACAUAAAAGAAAGGAAGGUAAAAACAAAAACUACAAAGGAAGUUAAAAAAAGAACAAAAGAGAGUACAAUAAGUUUAGAUAGCUUAGAGGGAUGUUCAUCAGAUAUGGCUAACAAAGAUAAAAAUUGCCAAUCGAUAGGAAUAAAUACAGAGUUACUAUGCCCAUGUGUUCCUUGUGUUAUACAUGAUGUACCAGAUAUAAAAUUCGUAAAUUCAAAGAAAACAUCAAAUAAAAAGAAAAACGAUAAAAACAACCAAAGCACUUUAAGCAUUCCUCAGCCUGCGGUCGAACUUCUGUACAAGAACCCAAAUAUGACUAGUUCGUGUGAUAUUGGAACCAAGCACUUCAUAGAGGAACAAUUAGAUUCAAAUGAAAAUAUACAUAUACAAGAUUAUGAUCUAUCAGUAACUGCUUUAUCCAAUUCUGUAAGUGAAGCAAAAGAACCAGUUUCAAAAGAUAGUUUUGAAAUGUAUAUAGAAAUAUCCAAAGACACUAAUGAUUGCGAUCAUGAGUCAAAUCAUGACAGUUUGCAUGAUGAUAUACCAAAUUUGUCUGAAGAAAAUAUUGAACUAAUUAACGAACACGAUAUAAGCGGUGAGAGUUUUGAGGAUUCAUUUGAAACUAAAGAUAAUUCUAAUAAUAAAGCAAACGAAAAUGAUGAAGAUGUGUGCCGUCACGGUAGUGGUGAAACAUAUACAAAGUUUACUGAAGAUCCGUCAGAUUUUGAUGAAUUUCUAAACAUAACUGAUAAGUUGAUCUCUAAUUCAGAGAUGGAAAAAUGUGUCGAAAAUAUUCACACGCCCCAGACGAAUUCUCUCGAGUCUAUGGAUAAAGAUGUAGAAAAUGACAAUAAACCUUCGACCACACAGCACACUUUUUCAAAUUCUUUAGAAGAAUUGAAAAAUGAUUUAAAAGACCUCUUAUAUGAAGCCGAAAAAGAUGUGAAUGUUACAACAACUGUUGAAAAUUAUGAAAAUAAAGAGGAAAAUAUUGAAACUCAAAAACGUGUUAAUAAUAUGGAACAUAUAACAGUUUAUGGCCUUCAGUUUGUAGAUCAGGAAAAAAUUGUUCCAAAUCUAGAUUUACAUGAAAAUCCAUCAGAAUUAAAAUUGCCAUCUAUAAACGAAACUAAUAAAUGUUCCAUAAAAACUCAGUCUAUUAAGAAGAAAACUUCAAGUCUUUAUAAAGGAAAUAAAAAAUGUAAAAUGUUAGGUCAACAGAAAAGGUCGAAUAAUGAAUAUAGAACGUUUAUUAUAAACGAAAACCAAGAUGAAGUUAGUGAUGAAGCGCCACCACUAAAGUUGCCACGGAUUGACGACAAAAGAAUCGAUGAUAAUUAUGAUCCCUUCGCAUCAGCGGCUAGACAGAUGAAGGAACUCAUGUCAUCUGACACAGACAUUCCUAAAAAAUCCCUUAAUUCCUCUAAAAAUUCCACCAACGGCACCUUACCUAGUUUACGUCCCACUAAAGAUAAAACUCCCCUACAUAAAAAAACAGAUAAUAGUAAGAUGAUAAAAGACACUAUCAAUAAAACAUAUCAAAAAACACCAACUCUCUAUAGAAUGAAGUCGUUUGGUAGCACUAGUAACGAUAACAGUACGGUUAAUAAUAGCUUCGGCGGUAGAUGUAGCUCGUUUAGACUCAACAGAAAUGAAAAGAAACCUACCAUACAAACGAAACCAAACACAACAAAACUAAACACAACAUUUACGAAGUCUAGUAAGGAAAAUGUUAGUUCCAACGAUAAAACAUAUUUUAACCGUAACAGCAGUUUAAACAGAUCAUUCUCUAGUUAUUCUAAUUCUAGUUAUAGUACACCAAAAUUAAAGGAUAAAAUUCCAAAAAUAUCUCAGUCGAUGCACCACGGCUUCCAACGCAGCACUAUUAAACAACCAAUAAAAUUAGAUAAAAUAAACAAGGAUGAGGAAAAGAAAAGUUUCGUUAACUUGGAUUCCAUUCUUGCUUUCGACAAUACAUCUAUGAAUGACAGCAACUAUAUAGAUCCCAGACUCAUAAACGAAAAUGAUAAUCUUCCUAUCGAUGUCAAUACAAUACUUAACAAUCCCGACAUAAUAAGUAGUAUGGAAUCCUUACUUACAACGGAAAACUUACCAGCUAAAUUUGAAUCUUUCAAUUCAAACAAAAAUAAAAACUAUGAAAAUAACAUAACACAGUCACUGACCCUCAAAUUAGAAAACAAUAAUAAUAUAAAUAAAAACGCCAUAACUGAUUUUAGUUCUCAAUAUGAUAAGUUAAUGUCUUCUUUAGAACAAAGUAUAGCGUCAAAGACUUCCGUUAGAGAUGAUGAAUCUUUAUGUGAAGACUUUGACCUCGAAGAAUUUAUGUCGAACUUUGACGACGCAAUGCAGAAACAAACAAUAGAUAAAAGGACUUACAGUUCAACUACGAGAGUAGUAACAUCUGAACUCUCAAAGGAAGUUAGGUCCACAGACACUAAAGUUGUAAAUUCACCAAAAGUAGUCAAUAGCGGUAGUAAUGGUUUAAUACCUGUUAACAAAUCAACGUCUCUUGUUUUUAGCAAUAACAAUAUAAUGAGCGAUAAAAUAUUCCCAUCCUCUAUUAAACGUUCCACUUCCCUCCUCGAUUCCAUACAAAAGAAGUCUGGACCAAAGAUAGAUAAUACAAAGAGCCGUCACAAAACUGAUCAACUCGAAGAAGAUCUGAUGCAAUCUCUUAAAGAUUUUGAUAAAUUCUAUGAAUCUGAGAGGAAUGAAAAUCAAUCAACCAUGAAAGAGACUGCUCACGCAAAGAAGAAUACACAUGAUUCAUCAAAAAAGGAUUUCAAACGACAGACGGACCAUAAAAGCAAGAAAUCUGACAGUACGAAUGGGAAUUACACACCGAAUGGAAAAAGCAGCAACGAUUCGGCGUAUAGCAGUCUAAACAGGAUUUCGCCUUCGAAACUGUCGUUAUGUAAUACAAAAGAGAGCAAUGGAAUUUCGUCGCUGGAGAAAAUCCCAGCAGGUUCGGAUUCAAGUUGCAGUCACAAGGAUGACGUUAGAUCGAUAUCUAGUGAGGAGUUCCUGGCUAUGGAACGUUCCACUGAGCUGGAUGAAACAUUACUGCGACCAGAACAAAAAGAAGUCGCGAUCACAAAUAAUGAUAAACGUUCGUGCUCGCGACAGUCUCGUCACAGUCCAGGGUGGCGGAGACCUGAACCCCUAAGCUCCAGUGGUUCGGAGAGUUCUCUCCACAAACCCGCCCCGAGACUCUCUCGUUUCUGCCAUGAAUGUGGAAGCCGAUUCCUCGACACGGCCAAGUUCUGUAUAGAGUGUGGCGUCAAACGACUGCUUAUCUAG